AGUGUGCCCUUAUGGUCCCCAGGAAAUGCCAUGCCCUGCAGGAACCAGGUGGGACCAGAAGAUCCUUACCUGCAACCAUGAAUGGAACACCCCAUGUGUGACAGGGAACUACCUUCUACCCAAUGGAAGCUGUUCGGGUUGCACUGGAUGCCCAACUGUGACCAGCCCACCAGUAAUUGGAUGCGGUGGCGAGAAUGCAGACUGCAAGCAUUGGGCUGCCAGCGGAGCCUGCACCUGCAAGGCAGGUAGUGACUGUACUUGGGCAAACCAAGUGGCUUCAAUGUGCCCCAAGACCUGCCGAGGGGAAUGCGGCCCAAUUACUUCACGACCAGACGACUGCAACCCCUCGUGUCCUUCUUACAGUGGUCUUUUCCCACACCCAAAGGCCUGCACCAAGUGGGUUCACUGCGAUCACUUCAUCCCCUACGUGAAGGACUGCCCUGCCGGUUUGCACUUUAACCCAACACUCAAGGUAUGCGACUGGCCAUAUAGGGCAGGCUGUACCUCAGGGGAGCACCAGACUUGCGUAAUUCCCCCUCCCCUAAUCCCUACUGGCCCCCCUCCUACGCCAAGCCCCGAAUGCAUAUGCGAAUGUUGCCAUCUCCCUCACCCGAAUGACUGCGCAGCGUAUUACUACUGUGAUGUGAACAAGAACAGUACCUUCUUCACGUGCCCAUCUGGGCUAGUAUUUAACCCGGAGAAGGAUACAUGUGACUACCCUGAAAAUUACCCACAAUGUGUCAUUGAACAGCCUCCAACUUGCGAGUGUGACUGUCACUAUCCCUCAGGGGUUUGCAGCGAAUAUUAUGUCUGCAACGACGGUACGCCCGAAAAGAGGGAAUGCCCCUCCGGUCUCCUCUGGAACCAAGAAACGAAGUCCUGUGAUCAUGCCGGCAACGUCGAUUGCAGCAAUCGGCGAACGUAAGGCUUCGAUCGUGCAACUAGGCCAGGAUUUUCGAUCCGAAAGACACAUGACACAGAAAUCUUCCAUUAACUACAGUGAAACGUCCUCACGACCUUCUUUAAGAAUUACGAAUUGCCAAAAAGCACGACCAAAUGUUUUUUUUGGAAAAGUUGCUUCCUUGAUCUUAUUUUUUUUAUGAUAUUGUUUUCUGAUGAUUAUGUUUCUUUGUCAAAAAUUUGAACUCUUCUUGCAAUGCAUCUUGAAAAAGCAUA